GAAUCGGAAGUAUAAGUGACAUUGUGGAGGCAGCGCAGAUGAUAUGUGAAAAGAGGCUGCGGCGGCUUAGUCCGUUUUUCAUCCCAAAAAUAUUGGUAAACAUGGCUUCUGGUCAUGUGAGCAUGAAGUAUGGAUUCCAGGGGCCAAACCAUGCUGCCGUGACAGCUUGCGCAACUGGUGCGCAUUCUAUAGGCGAUGCCACUAGGAUGAUUCAGUUUGGAGAUGCAGAUGUUAUGGUAGCAGGUGGAACUGAGUCCAGCAUUGAUGCUCUAUCUGUUGCUGGAUUCUCUAGAUCAAGGGCUUUGUCAACUAAGUUCAAUUCUUCACCGCAAGAAGCUUCACGGCCUUUUGAUUGUGACCGGGAUGGUUUUGUGAUAGGGGAAGGUUCAGGGGUUAUAGUAUUGGAGGAAUUUGAGCAUGCAAAAAGACGCGGAGCAAAAAUUUAUGCUGAGCUUUGUGGAUAUGGGAUGUCAGGCGAUGCACACCAUAUUACUCAACCUCCUGAAGAUGGAAAGGGAGCUGUUUUGGCUAUGACACGAGCCUUAAGACAGUCUGGUCUGUGUCCAAACCAAGUUGAUUAUGUAAACGCACAUGCUACAUCAACCCCAAUAGGCGAUGCCGUUGAAGCAAAGGCUAUUAAAACCGUUUUCUCCGAACAUGCUACUUCAGGCUCCUUGGCAUUCUCCUCCACCAAGGGAGCUACUGGUCAUCUUCUUGGAGCAGCUGGAGCUGUGGAAGCUAUUUUCAGCAUCCUUACUAUACAUCACGGUGUUGCUCCUCUGACACUGAAUAUCAAGAAUCCAGAUCCCAUCUUCGACCAGACUUUCAUGCCUUUAACCACUUCAACAGAAAUGCUCGUUAAGACCGCAAUGUCCAAUUCUUUUGGCUUUGGUGGAACAAAUGCAUCUUUGCUCUUUGCUUCUAUCUAA